CUCAUUUCCACCAUCAGCAGCAUCACUUCACAUGCACUGCCAACAAACACGUCCCAAACUCUCCAUCCAUAUAAGAUAUCACCUGACAAGCGGCUAGGUUCUCCUUGUUCAAUAGUUGAUAUCCCACACACCACACCAUCUACAGCGCAACUCUCCACAGCAGCAGCGACCAUGUCGGCACAAUCACAAUCCCUCUCUUCCCUCUCCGCGUCCGUUGCCUCCCUGCGCAGCUCACUCACCCUCCUCGAUUCCUCAAUCUCAAUCCUCGACUCAGGAAUCAGCGACUUUCCACGCCUGCAGAAAGUUCUCUCCAGCACUAGACAUUUCGAGCUCACUCCCCACCACACUCUCCAAACCGCUCAAUCCUCCCUAGCAUCCGAGCUUGCCCCCGCAAUAACCACGCUCCUCACACGCGCUGAGAUAUACAUCUCCAAGCUCGAGCGCAAACAAAACAAUCUAAUCGCACGGUCUGAAUUGCUCGAAGGGAGACUUGAAGGUGCAGGGGGUUUAAGGAAGCAGAAGAGUUUGGAUAAGCUGGUCAAAGGACGGGCGGGGGUGGGAUUGGGAAAGGGCAAUGGCGGGGAAGAGAAGGCGUUGCGCUUAAAGGCUUUACGGAGUAAGAAAGAACGCCUGGGAUAUGCGGUGGAGAGGUUGACGUUGCAGAGCCAGCAGAGGCAGAGGCAGUUGAGGAUGAGUGUUGCGGCGACUUGAGAAGUGAGGAUCAUCGGUGAUCAAAGACAAGGAUUACAUAUGCUGAGACGAGAUGAGAUGGAACACCUUGGUCCAACAGGCGAUUGGAUGGAUAUUCGUCCCUUACAAUAACGGGAGUUCGAAUGGAUUGGAAGUGGAGAUUGAGUAGCCUGGAGCCAAGAUGUCAGAUGGGAGAGGAGAUCAGUGACCGCAAGAAGUGGAGAGUGGAUGAUAUUCAGAUCCAAGAGGGGUAGGUUCUACUAAGCCUCAAAUAUGAUAUAAUGUAUUAUGAAUACCGGCUCCGAGACCCGAUUCCGUGAGACACAAGGUCCCCUUCUCUCGGAUUGAAGUUCUCCAGGUAUUAAGCGCUUCGCUUUUCCGAUAUCGGGUUUGGUUCCUAUUGUUGCUAGAGCAGAGAAAUGGGUUUUCCAGUUAAUGCAGGGGGUUGCUUGUCAAGUAGAAUAAUUAUUCUUGUGUUCAGUCACUGCUGUACAUGUGAUUGUUACUAUUUUGACCUGAAAGGAUCCGGUAGGUGGCC